UUUGUUGCUUAACAAUUUUCUUUUGGGGGUUUGAGACAGAAGCACCGGAGCCUCUCAGUUACCAGAAACAAGAUAAAAGAAAAACAGAAGCAUAAUACAAAGCAAGCAGAAUUUCAUAUAUACAUAAUAAUAAUAAUAAUCAUAAUCAUGAGACAGGAAGAUGCCGAUGAGGAGACAACAUCGACAACAUCAAAUAAUAAUGGUAAUACUAAUGUAAGAGACGGAGAAGAAGAAGAAGAAGAAGACGACGAAGAAGAAGAAGAAGAGAAAUGGAAUGUAAAGAAAGAAACCCUAAUUCAACAAGUAUCAGAAAGACUUAAAAAAGGAGAUCUAAAUACCCAAAUUCAAGCUGCUAAAGAUUUAAGAAAGCUUGUCCGAAAAUCUUCUUCUUCUACUAAAACUCGCUCUAAAUUCGCUGCUGCCGGUGUUAUUCAACCUCUUGUUUUUAUGCUUUUCUCUUCUAAUCUUGACGCUCGUCACGCCUCUCUUCUUGCUCUCCUUAAUCUCGCCGUUAGAAAUCAACGAAACAAAGUCAAGAUAGUGACAGCUGGUGCAGUCCCUCCACUUGUCGAACUUCUCAAGUUUCAGAAUGGUGGCUUAAGAGAAUUAGGUGCUGCUGCAAUUUUAACGCUCUCAGCCGCUGAACCUAACAAGCAAACAAUUGCAGCUUCAGGAGCUGCACCUCUUCUGAUUCAGAUCCUGUACUCUGGGAGUGUUCAAGGAAAAGUUGAUGCUGUGACGGCGCUACAUAAUCUCUCAACCUGCAACAAGAAUUCCCAUCCAAUUGUGGAUGCUAAAGCAGUUUCCCCUCUUAUUAAACUCCUCAAAGAAUGCAAGAAAUAUUCCAAGUUUGCUGAGAAAGCAACAGCUCUACUUGAAAUCAUUUCUAACUCUGAAGAAGGGAGAAUCGCAAUCACAGAAUCAGAUGGUGGUAUUCUAACUUUAGUAGAGACUGUUGAAGAUGGAUCACUUGUUAGCACAGAAUAUGCAGUUGGAAUUCUGCUCACUCUGUGCCAGAGCAACAGAGACAAGUACAGGGAACUAAUUCUUAAAGAAGGCGCAAUCCCAGGUCUUCUGCAACUAACUGUGGAGGGGACCUCUGAAGCUCAAAAAAGAGCUCGGACACUCCUAGACUUGCUUAGAGAUACUCCAGAAAAGAAAUUGGCAUCUGCAGUAUUAGAGAAAAUUGUUUAUGACAUUGCUGCACGAGUUGAUGGCUCAGAUAAAGCUGCUGAAACUGCCAAGCAGCUAUUACAGGACAUGGUUCAAAGAAGCAUGGAGCUCAGCAGAGGCCGCAUCCAGCAUACCACGGCAGCUUGUCCAUCUUCUAAGAUUUCAUCCACGUGAGGAGCCAUGGUUUGAUAAGAAAAUUUAUAAGUAACCCCCAAUGAGAGUUUGAAUCUGAAUCUUUGUUUUGUUUGGCCAGUUAAAGCUCUUGUAACCCAUAACUACGUCACCAUCCAAGAAGAUGAAUGCGCAAAACUGAUAUACUGAAUAGGUUUCACUAGUGGUCUACUUUCUUGAGGUGAUAUUUCAACCUCAACAAGGUGUUGUACAUCCAUCUUGCUCAUAUAAGAUAUAAGAAGCCAAAAGUCUUUUGGCUCGAAAGCAUUACAUUUACAA